AUGGAGAGCGAGCGGGGCCUGCGCGGCCCCGCGGCCCCGGGAGCGCGCACGUGUCCCUUCGGCCGGGCGGGGCGGGGGAAUCCUCCCUGUCCCCGCCGUGUCACCCCCCGGACCCCAUUACCGGGAGGAUUUCCCCCGUUCCUGCACUCCCGGACCCCGUUACCGGGAGGAUCCCCCCGUUCCUGCACUCCCAGACCCCGUUACCGGGGGGUGCGGGGGGCACCGCCUCCGGUCCAGAGCUGCCCCCGGCCCGGCCCCGUUCCCGGUGCCCCCACGAGACCCUCCGGGAGCCGUACCGGGGCAGCCGCACUCCCCCCGCUGCCCCCGGUGCCCCGGAAGGGUGGCCGGAGCCCCGAGCCCCGCCAGGGGAGGGAGGGAAGGUCCCGGCCCUUCCCGGCACGGGGCGGGACUUGGCUGGAUUCCCCGGGAUCCCGGAGAUCCUGGUGCCCAGCGCCGGCACCGGGCGGAGGCGGCGGCGGCACCGGGCACCGUGGUGGAGACGGGGGGACCCCGAGGAGGGGGCGCAGAGGGUUCAUCCCGCGGGGGGGUCCCCAGGGAACCCCGAUGGAGGCACCGGAGCUCCCGGAGCCGGACGGGCUCUUCCCGGAUCCCCCCGAGCUCCCGGGGCCGGUACUGGGCUUCCAGACCGUGACUUUCCCGGAGGAUGAUAGCAGCGGAGCCGAGGAGCUGCUGGGGCUGACGGUGAACCCCGACAUCGCCUGCGGCCUCGGCCCCGGCCCGGAGCCCCCCCGGCCCGACGGGGCCCCCCCGGUGCUGCUGGAGGUGGUGUGUGACCUCAGCGCGCCCCUGUACCCCGUGCUGCUGCCCGGCAUCGAGCUGCGCCCGAACCCCGAGCCCGAGCCCCCACCCCUGCCCACGCUCCAGCUGACGGACGAGGAGAAGCGGCUGCUGGAGCAGGAGGGGGUGACGCUGCCCGGGGUCCUGCCGCUCACCCAGGCGGAGGAGCGGCUGCUGAAGAAGGUGCGGAGGAAGAUCCGGAACAAGCAGUCGGCGCAGGACAGCCGGCGGAGGAAGAAGGAAUACCUGGAUGGGCUGGAGAGCAGGGCGGCCGCGUGCUCGGCACUGAACCAGGAGCUGCGGAAAAAGGUCCAGGAGCUGGAGAAGAGCAACGGGUCUCUCCUGCGGCAGCUCCAGGCGCUGAUCAAGGAAACGUCCACCAAGCCCGCCCAGACCGGCACCUGUGUCCUGAUCCUGUUCCUGUCGCUGGGGCUCAUCCUGCUCCCCAGCUCCAGCCCGUUCCGCCGGGGCGGCAGCCGGGACGGCCUCGGACCCACCGGAGUGAUCUCCAGGAACAUCCUGACGCGGCGGGAGCCGGGAGCCGCCGCGGAAUCCCCGUUCCCGGUGUGGAUGUCGGGGCCGGAGCUCGGUGUGGAGGAUGGAGCCGGGGGGGAGCCUUGGGAUGGGAUUCCCGCCCCCCAGGGGGAUCCAGGGAUCAAUUCCUCCAGGCGGGACGUGGGGACAGGGACACGGGGACGUGGGGAUGAGAUGUGACUGGAGACCCCGGGAUGGGGGAGCACUCCAGAAUAAACUCGCACUCUGUUUGCA